AUGAGCCGAACGAUCGCACUCAUAUUCACCCCCCCCUUGUCUCUCUCUCUCCACCAAUCACAGCUCCCUCAUCGCCGAGUGACCUUCUCCACAGCCAAUCAGGCGCAGGAUCUGCAGGACCCCUCCCAGCACAGCUACUAUGACAGCGGGCUGGAGGAGUCGGAGACGCCCAGCUCCAAGUCGUCGUCCGGGCCUCGCAUCGGGCCCCUGGCCCUGCCUGAGGACCACUAUGAGAGGACCACGCCUGACGGCAGCAUCGGAGAGAUGGAGCACCCAGAGAACGGUCUGCUUAGCUAUCAUCACAUUACCAUGGCACAUCCAGGUCUGCUCAGCUCUCAUCACAUUACCAUGGCACAUCCAGGUCUGCUCAGCUCUCAUCACAUUACCAUGGCACAUCCAGACCUCCGGCCCCUGCCAGACGUAGCGAUGACAGGGAACUGCACCCAUGAGUGUACUGAGUACGGCCACUCAGACGCCUGCUGGAUGCCUGGCCAGCCCUCCCCCAAUCGCAAGGCCUCCAAGCCCCCCGGCACUCUGUCCACCUUCGUGCCUUACCAGGAGAGAGAGGCUCCGGAGCAGCUGGCCAACGGCAGCCCCAAGCCCGGGCCGGUGGAGGAGCGAGGCGGAGGGGGCAGUGGAGGAGGAGGGUCCAAGGGGUCGGGCCUCAGGUUCCUGCCCCCCUACAACAGUGCCUACUCUGGAGCCAGCGACUCUGGCAGAGACUGUACUCUGGAGGAGAUCCCCAUGAGCCAGGCUUCUGAGUACCACCCUGCCACCACCCCGCCCAACCAGGGCUCCAAGAGAGAGAUCUACCUGUGAGGGCCUAAACCCCACCACCGACCCUGCCACCCACCACCACCCACCCCACCGUCCCUCUCCCAGCUUGACACCUGCUCAUCAACGCUGUCCCGCAGUAAAAAGUCCCCUGACCCUGAGUACGGCCUGCCCAUAGCCUACCCUGCCACGCCCCUGUGCCUGGUUGCUGUACAGUCCCAGCAACACUACCUCCUCCUUUUAUAAACACAUCCAAAUUGAGAGGCUUUAAAAUCCCCCCCUUCCCCUUUCUUCCCCCCUUCCAACUCCCCAUAAAAAAACAAAAAUCAACUAACAAAAACAAAUCAAAUGUAAAAUAAAAUCUUUUUCCAUCAAGAGAAAAAACACAUGGCGAUUUCAACUACUACUGCUAUCAAGGAAUGUAAACUCCACUAUCAUUUUAACAUGGUGAUCAUUUAAUGGGAAAAUAUUUAGCUACUUUCAAUGUAUUUGUAUAAUUUUAUUUUUGUCUUUUUUUGACUACGAGCAGUGUUGCUCUCUUGAAACUGUAAACAAUCGAAGAAGAAAAAAUAGUUGUACAUGAAAUGAUAAGACUGUUUGGUGCAAUCGAUUUUAGGUGUUCUUUUUUCCAUCUUUCAGUUUUUUGUUUAGAAGCGACUUAUUUAAAAGUGUCUUUCUGUCAACACCAGGACCUCCAAAUGUGGAACAAGUCGACAUGAUUGAAUACAAAUAUUUGUAAACGCACUCAACAUAAGACUGCUGUCCACACAGUCACUCUAAACGGUCCUGCCUCUUGGCAUCUGCAGGACACAACAUAUCCUUUCACAGCGGAGAGCUGUCGAUUCAUGUACAGUUGUAAAUACAACGGUCAUUAAGACUUAAAACAUUUCUUUGGUUGUACAGAUCUUCAGAACUGUAGCUUUUGUGUGAUUUUAGAUCUCCCGUAAUGUGCAUCCGGAUAUGAUAAUCACAAUGUACAGGAGGACGGCAUCACAGGCCCUAACUGAACUGAACUCUAGAUGUAGUUUUCCAUCCCUACACUGAGCUUGGACUUAGGGACUGUUCCAGUGUGAGCUGUGCUGGUUCAGGUGAAGUGACUGUUCUGCACCACCUCAGCCCCCGGACAAGGUUUCACAAGCAGACCACCCUCUGGUCUGCUAGGCCCCAGUGAAGAGAAGCAGCUUGCCUAGAUGUUGGUGAUGAGGGUCCUGAUUAGGGCUCUCUGUGAUCCUCUCUGGUCUGAAGGAUGAUGUGGCGACUAUUCUAGUGAAAACAACCGGUAUUUAGAAACCUGCUGCUCUGCUCAGCAUCUCUAUCUCUGGGCUUUUACAGUCCUGCUGUGGGUGUAAGGUACGGCUUGUCCCGUGGAGAGGUAGUGGUUA